CUGUUAUUUGCAAAAUGUUACGCUGCAUUUAUUUUAUCCUACAGAAAAAGUGUACAAUGGAUGACCAGUCAAGUAUUGUCUUACUUUCUCUUCCUUGUUUAAAACUAAAACAAAGGACUGAAAAGUGUCGUAGUAAAAUGUUAUAAUGAAUGAAAUUAUUAUUAGAUCAAAUAAAGGUGAAUACUUUCCCGGUGAGGUUAUUUGUGGAGUUGUCUACCUAAAUAUAGAAAAUCCAACUUCUGGUCAUGGAAUACAGCUUCAGUUUAAAGGAUACGAGUAUUUUUUCUAUGAAUAUUCCUGUGAGAAAGGUCGGAAUAAAAUAGAAUCAACCAAGGAUUAUGUGGACUGCUCAGUCAGUCUUUACUCUCAAAGUGAUUCAUUUGCAAUGGGAAGUUAUCUCUUUCCAUUUAAAGUUAAUUUGCCAAAUAUAAUUCCAGGUUGUUUUUAUGCCAGAAGGAAUGGCAGUGUCACGUGGGAAGGUAAAGUUGUGUACUGGUUGGAGGCUACGGUAACCGGUGCUGAUAUAAAGUCAUUCCAAGACAUAGUUAUUUACCAAUGCACUGAGGAUAUGGUAGCAAACGAAAAGCUGACCACAGCCCAGAAUGUGACACAUACGAUGAAGACACUUCUGUCAAAAAAGAAUAUUGACUUUACAGUCAGAUUGAUGGACCAGGUGCAGUAUGUAGGGGAGUCUGCCAGAUUGCGAAUGAUUAUCACAAAUGAUACCAAUGUUAAAGUGUCAAAAUUUCAAAUAAAGCUAUUCAGGGAUCUCAACUUCACGUCAAAAAGUGAACUAUCUGCUGACAAGCUUACAUCCAAUAUGUCCAGUCUUGCAAGGAAAACAUACAUCAGAGCGGAAGACGGCCCGUUUGUUGUGUGGAAAAUAGUAGGCAACAACACUGAUUCUGAUAGCGUGGAUCUAGUCAGAAUUUUGGAUAACAUACUGAUUCCUCUGAAGGAAAAAUCAGUUCCUAUCCCUCCAUCAGUCAAAGGGCAUCAUAUUGAGUGUCAGUAUGGGUUGGAGAUACUUAUAACAUUAAGUAAUGGUGAGACGGUUACGAUCAACCACCCAGUUCCGUGUAUUCUGCCUCCAAAGAACAAACAGUGGGAAAGCUGGGAAGUGCCUACAUGGGUAUACACUGGUGAGGUUGUCAUUUCCAGCAGCCGAUUCAGUGCUACGUCCAGUGAACUCAGUGGACGUGGAUUUGCCACACUUCCUGGAUUUCAAGCUCUGUGAUAUUAAUGGAUUUGAUCUUAAAGUUUGAAGCUGAACGUACAAACUACUAUAAUGUGAUUGUUACAAACAAAAAGUUCAAACUCUACACAUUACUUGGAAAAAUAUAUUAACUAUGAUGAAGAUGGAGUAAACAGUUAAUACAGUCACCUAUAAUGGUACGAAAGAACAUAGCGUGACUCAAACUUUGACAACUUGCUCAUUAAUUAAUACAUUGAUUAAUAUAAGAAUCCCUAUGACUUACUUUCAGUGAUCAAUACAGUCUGUAUAAAUUAUGAAAUUGGUAUAUAUGUUAAAAUAUUAAUAUAAAAUUAAGUACAAUGUAGUACAAAAUUAGCAUUUUCUGCAGAAUAUAAUUUAUUGAAUUACUUAUUGUGUAUCUAACAGUUCUAACCAGUCCAGUUGUAGUUUUUGUAAAUUUUAAUAGACCCAUAAACAUAAUAAAAGAGCCCAGGGUUGGGAAGCAGUGAAAUCUGUACGUCUUGAAAUCAGUGUACAUCAGAUGAUUGAAACCAGUUAAAGCCCACUAUUCAAGAGUGGAUAUUUUAUCUAGUAUGAAUAAACCCUCCAUAUUAUAAUAGUGCAAUAAAACAUUUGUAUUAUGUAUUAUAUUAACAUGUAUAUCUUUUCUGGAUAAGUCUUGAUUUGGAUAUAUAUCAGGUCUUGAAAUAUGAGGCAAGUGAUCGCUUGUCGAUACUAGACUGAAAGAAAUUUCAGAAUUAUUUUUUAAAAAGGAAUAAUAAUAAUCGUUUUAACAGUUUUGGGAGAAUUCAUUGCCAUAGCUACCAUAUAUAGCAAAUCGAUUUAAAAAAUGUCAGACUUUGGCUGGCAUGUCAUAAUUUAUAAUCCUUGUCGUGUUCAUAGUACAUACAUUAAAUUCAUCUUCUUUAGCUCACAUAAAGAUCACAUGGUCCUUAGAUAUAUCAUGGGCAUAGCCUAAAAUUCAGUUUUAGGUAACCAAAUGGUGGUUUUUGAGGUGAAUAAAACAUUAUCCUCAGCCAAAAUCAGAUGAUACAUAGAGAUUAUUACAUGAGCUUGUGUGUCGUACUAAUUUUACGAAACGAGUGUCAGGAUUCUUGUAUUGCCUGAGCGAUAGCGAGGGUAAUACAUGAAUGCUGACACAAGUUUCGUAAA